AUGAGUAAAGUGAUACAAGUGUAUGCACCAUUGCCAUCAGUUACAAGAGGAAAAGCAGUUCAUAUAGGGUAUAAUGAACAUAGUAAGAUGGGAACACAUAUUGUUUAUCCAACAGGGAAUUGUAUAGUAAUUAAGAGUCUUGAUAAUGCAUUGGAUACGGAUAUUUAUUAUGAACAUACAUGUGAAACAACAUGUGCAAAAUAUAGUCCAAGUGGAUACUAUAUUUGUUCAGGAGAUGUUCAAGGAAAUGUUAGAAUAUGGGAUACUACACAAAAAGAACAUCCAUUAAAAUUUAGUUUUAGAGCACUUUCAGGACCAAUUUAUGAUAUUGCAUGGACAGGAGAUAAUCAAAGAAUAUGUGUAGUUGGAGAAGGGAAAGAGAAAUUAGGAAAUGUAUUUAUGUGGGAUGCAGGAUCAACAGUAGGAGAGAUUUCAGGACAAACAAAAACAUUAUUAUCAUGUGAUUUUAGAGGAACAAGACCAUUUAGAUUAAUUACAACAGGAGAAGAUAAUUAUCCAUGUUGGUUUGAAGGACCACCAUUUAAAUUUAAGAAAAGUAUGAAAGAUAUUCAUACGAGAUUUAUUAAUUGUUGUAGAUUUUCACCAGAUGGAAGUAUGUGUGUAUGUGUUUCAAGUGAUAAAAGUAUAUCAGUAUUUGAUGGAAAAACAGGAGAAAUGAAAUAUAAAAAAAUGGAACAUAAAGCAGGAGUAUAUUCAGUUACAUGGGGAAAUGAUAGUAAAAGAUUUAUUACAGCAUCAGCUGAUAAAACAUGUAAAAUAUGGAAUGCAGAAGAUGGAAGUGUAAUAAAAACAAUUGAAUUUGAAAAUGAAAUUGAAAAACAACAACUUGGAAUUAUUAAUACAAAAUAUGGAAUAAUUUCAGUUAGUUUAAAUGGAAGUAUGAAUCAAAUUGAAGAAAGUAGUGGAGAUAUUAAAGAAAUAAUUGAAGGACAUAAUAAACCAAUUACAGCACUUGCAAAUGAAGGGGAAUAUUUAUAUUCAGGAUCAAAUGAAGGACAUAUUGUUAGAUGGGAAAAAGCAACAGGAAAAGCAGUUGGAAUUAGAGGAAAAGGACAUUGUACAAGAAUAAAUGAUAUUGUUAAAUGUGGAGAUAAAAUUGCUACACUUGGAUCAGAUGAUUGUGUUAAGAUUAUAGAUAAAAAUAAAUUAGAAUAUGAAUUAAGUAUUAGUACAGAAUCACCAGCAAAUUGUGGAGUAUUCUAUAAUAAUAGAAUAUAUGUUGGAACUAAUAAAGGAAUUAAAGUUAUUCAAGGAAAUCAAAUUAUUCAAAGUAUUGGUCAUAAUAAUGGAGUUGCAACAAUUGCAAUAAAUGGAGAUAAGAGUAUACUUAGUGUAGGAUUAAAAAAUGAAGGAUGUAUUAAAUUUUAUUCAAUUAAUGGAAAUGGAGAAAUAACAGAAAAAGGAGAAAUUAAAGAAGAUAUUCAAGGAACAGUUUAUAGUAUGGACUAUUCAAGUGAUGGUAAAUAUUUCAUUCAUUCAGAUGAUACAAGAAAAAUUGUACUUCGAGAUGCUAAAACUAAUGAAGUUAUUUAUUCUAGAUGGGUUCCUCAUAAUUCAAAAGUCUUAAAAAUUAAAUUUAAUAAAGAUAAUACAAUGAUUGCUACAGCAGGAGCAGAUUCAUAUUCAUAUGUCUUGAAUGUUGAAACAAAAGCAAUCACAACAUUAGGAAGACUUCAUCCACUUGGUGUCAAUGAUGUAUUCAUUGAUGAAGAUGGAAAGAUCUUUACUUGUGGAGCUGAUUGUACAAUCAAAGUCUCUUCUCUCUAA